GGAUCUCUGGGAAGUGGUGCUCAUGGCAACCAGCAUAAACACUUUUCAGUAGCUACGAUUUCGCUGCUUGUAAAAAAACGGGGCGCAAAGGGCAAGGAACGUUGUUGUCAUGGCGUUCUGUGAGGACCAAUACUAUGAAAGAAUUGGAUCCAUUCAACAAAGCAUGCAUGAAAGGGAAAAGAGGAGACUUGAGUUGGAGAGGGAGUUGUUUGCUUACUGCAGAUCUGACAAGAGAGGUCCUCAGAUAAAGUGUGCCACACUCCGUAGUUAUCUCAAGGAAAUCUGUGAGAGAGAGAAACAGGCAAAAAUUCGAAACCUGGAGCUCCUGAGAGAUGUGGAGUGCAUUGAAAUGAGCAUGAAGGAGCACUGUCCUGACCGUAACCCUCUGGAUGAACACAAGGUUGAAUGCUUGAAUAGAAUUUCCAGAUUUAUGACAGCAAGGCAGAAGAAAGAAGAGCCAAAUCUUAAAAUAGACAAGGAAGAUUUGUUGAAUUGCCAUCCUCAGGGUGAGUCCCCCUCACCACAGGCCAGGGGUUUACGCCAACCAUCUGUAAUCUUCAUGGGUCGCCAGACCUCCAGAAGUUCCGCGGCUGAAGAUGCCACCGCAAGUAUACACUUACGACAAGCGGAGCGUCAUUCGCCAAAUCAUCCAUCACAUGCCUCGGAAUGCCUGCAAAGUGGCCUUUCGAAUGACUCCAAAGUUUCCAGAGAGGUCGUUGCCGACAGCGGAGCGUCUUUAUCAGUUGACAUUUCAGGCUCAAACGAUUCCCCCGACGGCUGUAAUUUGUGUGACAAACAUGAAAGGACUGCGGCAGUGGUUCCAUCUGUUCGUACCUUAACAGCCAGCGCCGGCGUGCCUUUUGGAGGUGAUGAACAACUGACUUCACCUCGGGUGACCUUGACGAGGCCUGAGAAGAAUAGCCCAUCGCCCAGCACUAUCAGCCAUAUGUGGGACAGGAAUUCACCUGCAGAAUACACUCUGGGUAGAGGGUCUGGUCAUCAGGAGAGCAUAAAAGAAGAUGUGGAGAGAGUUCUGCAAAGAUCACUGCCUCAAACUGACUUGGGAAAAGAAUCUCAAGAUGUGCCAGAGAAGAGUAAAACCCUUAGUAGAUCCAGUUCCAGUAUGGAGCUGUCAGUGACCAGCAUUGGUAGUGACCUGUCCACCUCCCUGACUGAGUCUGACCUGGCUGAGCUACCAAAGGUGCCAGAGGGUGUAGUCCAUGUAGACAGCCACACCAGGAGGACAGACAGCCACACCAGGAGGACAGACAGCCCACCACAGAGGAGUGCUAUUCCACCCAGCGAGAGGGAGCUCCGCAGCGCCAGUGUUCACAGUCAAUCACUGGACACUCCAGAGCCUAGGAAGAGACCAGAAUCACGUAGCGAAUCCACGUCUCCAGAAAUCCCAUUGAAAAGACUGUCCAUGGAGGGAUUCUUCCAUCUACUGGAGAGCAUCGAAGAACGAUUCCACAGAGGAGAAAGAAGUGUGUACUGUGUCUCGUCACUUGGCGAUAGCAAACGCAAUAAAGUGAUCAGCCUUUGUAACGCCAGGGCAGGCUUGAAUGGAGAGGACCUUGAUGCAUGUGGAGCAGUCGUCCUUCACCAGCUUCAGAGGUUGUCAUGGACCAUGUCAAUGGGUUGCCUGUUACCCGAAGAGCUAGUUAGCUCCAACUGGUCCACCACCGAGCCCAGGAAAAUAAGCUCCCGUCUCCCCCCUGAUGCUGCUCCUCUGUGGGAUCGCUGGUUCAAGCACGCCCUUCUGCUGAAGGACUACCAUGUCCUCACCCCCGAGCGCCUCGUCCAGCUGUUCACUCCAUUGCUGCUGCCAUACAACGCCUCCUAUAGUGCCAAGGCCAAAGUGCUGCUGAGGACACUUCUGUCCCGGUCCAGUGAGGAGUGCCCCUCCGUGGAGAGUGAGUCUUCAUCUUGUGGCCUUCCCUCGUUCCUCAACGACAGCGUUGCGGAGGUCCAACCAGCCAGACCUUCUCAGGAGCACGGCGCCUCAGGGAUGCAAGGACUACAAAGUGGUGAAGAGGACAGCCAAGACGAGAGCCCCGUGGAAAGUAUUCCUAUUAAAGAGACAAAAGCAUAUCAGCUGCUUAAACAGUCUGCCACGCAGGCGAGGCAGCAGAGCUCUGGAGACGAGGAGGAUCUGACAGGAAUAAAUGAUGGCUAUGAAGAGAAUACUGGGAGGGUUGAGCGCUCCUCUCAUCAAGACCCUUACCCUUGAAUUGUUCGUAGUGCUCCGAGACAGGAUUGUGUCGCGGCACAGAUCUGGGGAAGAGUACCAAAACAUUUCUGAAGCAUUGAAGGUCCCCAAGAACACCGUGGCCUCCAUCAUUCUUAAAUGGAAGAUGUUUGGAACCACCAAGACUCUUCCUAGAGCUGGCAGCCUGGCCAAACUAAGCAAUCGGGGGAGACGGGCCUUGGUCAGGGAGGUGAACAAAUACCCACUGGUUGCUCUGACAAAGCUCCAGAGUUCCUCUGUGGAGAUGCGCGAACCUUCCAAAAGGACAACCAUCUCUGCAGCACUCCACCAAUCAGGCCUUUAUGAUAGAGUGGCCAGACGGAAGGCACAUGACAGCCUGCUUGGAGUUUGCCGAAAGGCGCUUAAAGAUUCUCAGACCAUGAGAAGCAAGAUUCUCUGGUCUGAUGAAACCAAGAUUGAACUCUUUGGCCUGAAUGCCAAACGUCACGUCUGGAGGAAACGUGGCACCAUCCCUGCGGUGAAUCAUGGUGAUGGCAGCAUCAUGGUGUGGAGAUAUUUUUCACUGGCAGGAACUGGGAGACUAGUCAAGAUAGAGGGAAAGAUGAACCGAGCAAAGUACAGAGAGAUCCUUGAUGAAAACCUGCUCCACAGCGCUCAGGACCUCGGGCGUAGGUUCACCUUCCAACAGGACAAUAACCCUAAGCACACAGCCAAGACAACGCAGGAGUGGCUUCGAGUCAAGUCUCUGAAUGUCCUUGAGUGGCCCAGCCAGAGCCCGGACUUGAAUCUGAUCUUGUAGUGUCAUACUCAAGAAGACUCGAGGCUUCAAUCGCUCCCAAAAGUGCUUCAACAAAGUACUGCAUAAAGGGUCUGAAUAUUUAUAUAAAUGUGAUAUUUCAGUUUUUUAAUACAUUUUAAAAUAUUUUUAAAAACCUGUUUUUGCUUUGUCAUUAUGGGGUAUUGUGUGUAGAUUGAUAAGGGGGGGUGACUUAUUUAACCGAUUUUUAGAAUAAAGCUGUAAUGUGACAAAAUGUGGAAAAAGUCAAGGGGUCUGAAUACUUUCCGAAUGCACUCUGAAUGGCGCACAUGCACACUCCAUGUCUUAAUUGUAUCAAGGAUUAAAAAUCCUUCUUUAACCUGUCUGCUCCCCUUCAUCUACCCUGAUUUGAAGUGGAUUUAACGAGUUUCAUCGAUAAUGGAUCAUAGACUAACAAGGUGAAACCCGGUUUAAGCUAUGUCAUGGAAAGAGCAUAAUAUUUUGUGUACUCAAUGUGUAUACACAACACAGGAAAAUCAACUUCUUGACUGCACUGGGCUUUUAAUCGCACAAUGUAAAGUGUUUUCAUUUCUAUUCAUGAUAAAAGUAAGUAGAAAAUGGAAUUAGAAAAUGUGUCACAUUCCAAUAAGUAGGUUGUCUAACUUCGGUAGUUAAAACAAUUUGUAUACUGAGCAAACAUAAUGCUACGUGUAAAUUCUUUGUCCCAUGUUUCAUGCGCUGAAAUAAAAUAUCCCAGAAUUGUUCCAUAUGCACAAAAAACAUAUUUCUCUCAAAUGUUUUGCACACAUUUGUUUACCUCCUUGUUAUUGUGCAUUUCUCAUUUGCCAAGAUAUUCCAUCCACCUGACAGGUGUGGCAUAUCAAGAAGCUGGUUAAUCAUUACACAGGUGCAACAUGUGUUGGGGACAAUAAAAGGCCACUCUAAAUGUGCAGUUCUGUCACACAACACAAUGCCACAGAUGUCUCAAGUUUUGAAAGAGCGUGCAAUUGGGGUGCUGACUGCAGGAAUGUCCACCAGAGCUGUUGCCAGAGAAUUGGAUGUUCAUUUCUCUAACAUAAGUGUUGUUUUAGAGAAUUUGGCUUAAUGUCCAACUGGCCUCAACUGCAGACCAUGUGUAACCAUGCCAGCCCAGGACCUCCACGUUGAAUUUCUUCACCUGUGGGAUCAUCUGAGGGGAGUACUGUCUGUAAUAAAGCCUUUUAGUGUGGAAAAACUCAUUUUGAUUGCCUGGGCCUAGCUCCACAGUGGGUGGGCCUAUGCCCUCCCAGGCUCACCCAUGGCUGUGCCCUUGCCCAGUCAUGUGAAAUCCAUAGAUUAGGGCCAAAGGGCAACCGGAGAAGAAGGCUGACAUUAUUUUAAAAAAAAUUCUCCUUUGCGUUGUUUGUAACUUUUUUUUUUCUAACUUAUUUUGUACAUAAUGUUGCUGCUACCAUCUCUUAUGACCGAAAAUAACUUCUGGACAUCAGGACUGUGAUUAACUCACCACGAACUGGCAGAAUCCUUUUGUUACUUUAACUAGUCCGACGAGCCCGAGGUGAAUGACAUAUUGCUUUCCCGGGAACAUGCCCAGAUCCCCGUCAUUUGUGUGAAGAGAAGGCGGAGAAAAGGGGGGAAUUCGAAGGCAAUUGGAAAGCAGUGUUUUUUUUUCCAUUUUGCUAGCAAAUGUGCAAUCUUUGGAAAAUAAAAUCGCUGACCUAUGCGGAAGAUUGAACUACCAACGGGACAUUCAAUACUGUAAUAUCUUAUACUUCACGGAGCCAUGGCUGACCGACGACA